CGCGGGAGGAUGGGUCUUCUCCCUGCCCGGGGAGUGUUUGCCAUUUAAAUAAACAGCGAGGAAAAUGGCGGAGUGUUCUGUGGGGGAAUAAAGAAGCUACAAAAAGGAGAGAGCGAGGGGCAGCUGAGUGUGGCUGCUGACACUGAGCUCCUCUUCUCCAGACUGCUGCUGAUGCUUAUCGACAAUGAGCGGUCUAGGGGAAAAUUCUUUGGAUCCUUUGGCUACCGAAUCAAGAAAACGCAAGCCGUCUUCAUGCGACACCCCCGGGCCCAGCCUGACCUGCAGCGGUGAAAAGAGAAGACGUGAGCAGGAAAGCAAGUACAUCGAGGAGCUGGCUGAGCUGAUUUCAGCAAAUCUCAGCGACAUUGACAACUUCAAUGUCAAACCUGAUAAAUGCGCGAUCUUAAAAGAAACCGUCAGGCAGAUCCGGCAGAUUAAAGAACAAGGAAAAUCUUCCUCCGCCGAUGACGACGUGCAGAAGGCCGAUGUGUCCUCUACGGGGCCAGGCGUGAUUGACAAGGACUCGCUAGGACCUCUCUUGCUACAGGCAUUGGACGGUUUUCUGUUUGUGGUGAACCGCGAGGGCAGCAUCGUCUUUGUUUCAGAAAACGUCACCCAGUAUUUACAAUACAAGCAGGAAGAUUUGGUGAACACCAGCGUCUACAGCAUCCUCCAUGAGGACGACCGCAAAGACUUCUUAAAGAACCUGCCCAAGUCUGCCGUGAACGGGGUCCCUUGGUCUAAUGAAGCUCCGAGACAGAAGAGUCACACCUUUAACUGCCGCAUGCUGGUCAAGACGUCACAUGAUCACCUGGAAGAUGGCGGCGGCGGCAACAUGGACAACCGGCAGCGAUAUGAAACCAUGCAGUGCUUCGCCUUAUCUCAGCCACGGGCCAUGAUCGAGGAAGGAGAAGAUCUUCAGUCCUGCAUGAUCUGUGUGGCCAGGCGCAUGACGAACGUGGAGAGAGCCUUUACAAGCAACCCCGAAAGCUUUAUAACACGGCAUGACCUCUCAGGAAAGGUGGUGAAUAUAGACGCCAACUCCCUGAGGUCUUCCAUGAGGCCGGGCUUCGAGGACACGAUCAGGAGGUGCAUUCAGAGGUUUCUGUGUCACAGCGAUGGCCAGCCCUGGACGUAUAAACGCCACUACCAGGAGGCGUACAUGCACGGACAGUCUGAGACGCCGUUGUACAGGUUCUCGCUGGCGGAUGGGACCAUGGUGACUGCGCAGACCAAGAGCAAACUCUUCCGGAACCCCGUCACGAACGACCCCCACGGCUUCGUUUCCACGCACUUCUUACAAAGGGAGCAGAAUGGAUACAGGCACAAUCCCAACGCGAUGGCGCAAGGCGUACGGCCGCCGGUACCUGCGAACCCCAACCCCUCAAACGCCAUGAACGCAUCUCAGGCCCAGCCUAUGCCCCCCCAGAACAGAAGCUACGGCAUGGGAGAUCCCAACGGCAUGGCGCAGAUGCCUGGCAUGAGAUACGGAGCAGCGGGCAACAUGGGACCAGUUAAUCAAGGCCCCGGCAUGCAGCAGCCCCAGUACCAGAACAACAAUAACAACAACUAUGGAAUGAACAUAAGCAGCCCUCCGCACGGCAGCCCUGGCAUGGGCGCCAACCAGCCCAACCUCAUGGUCUCUCCCAGGAACCGCGGAAGUCCCAAGAUGGGGUCCAACCAGUUUUCACCAGUUCCAGGAAUGAAUUCUCCGAUGGGGGGCUCCGGAAACGGCGGUGGAGGAAGUUUCUCCAGCAGCUCGCUGAGCGCUCUUCAUGCCAUAAGCGAAGGAGUUGGAAGCUCUCUUCUGUCAUCUUUGUCAUCACCUGGUCAGAAAGCGGAGAACCCUUCCAACAUAAACAUGUCCCAACCCGCUAAAAUGGGAAACCAAGAGUGCAAGAGUCCUUCCGGCAUGUACUGCGAACAAGGUCAGGUUGAAAGUUCCGUGUGUCAGUCCAGUGGUCGGGAGCAUCUCGGGGAGAAGGACGUUAAGGAGAACAUUCUCGAAGGGUCGGACAGUCAAAGAGCACAAGCGGAAAGUAAAGGACACAAAAAACUCCUCCAGUUACUGACUUGCUCUUCGGAGGACAGGGGCCACAACGCGAUGACCAACUCCAGCAUGGACUCCGGCUGCAAGGACUCUUCCACAAACGUUACCAGUCCUUCGGGAGUCUCAUCCUCAACAUCUGCUGGCGUUAGCUCGACGUCAAACCUUCACGGGUCCAUGCUUCAAGAGAAGCACCGGAUUCUUCACAAACUGUUACAAAAUGGCAACUCGCCAGCCGAAGUUGCCAAAAUCACAGCGGAAGCCACCGGCAAGGACACCUUUCAGGAGUCCGCCAACCCUGCGCCUUGCGGAGAAGCGACGGUGAAGCAAGAACAGAUGAGUCCCAAGAAGAAAGAGAAUAACGCGCUGCUUCGAUACUUGCUGGACAAAGACGACGUGAAGGACCAGAUUACCAAGGACGUCAAGCCCAAAGCAGAACCCAUGGACAAUAAGAUGGGACAAUGCAGCAGUUCCAGCCUCCCGACUUCCAGCCAAGACAAAGAGCUCAAAAUAAAGACAGAGCCAACUGAAGAGGUCUCUGGAGAUUUGGAUCACUUAGAUGCCAUCCUUGGAGACCUUGCCGGUCCAGAGUUUUAUUCCAGUCAAAUGAGUUCAAAUACCGGGGCAAUGGGGAACAAGCAGCCAGUCUUCCAGGACACUCCGCCAAUGGGCAUGAGGAGUCCACAACCUCUACAGAUGAACCGGCCUCCCUUUAAUCGGGCGAUGUCAUUGGACAGCACGAUGCCCGGGAACGCCACUCCUCCUACGAGGAACGUCAACAACUUCCCAAUGUUACAGAAGCAGAACAUGAACGUAGGGAGCCCACGGAUGAUGGACGGGCAGGACAAUUUCGGUGUUAUGAUGGGAGGUGGUCCUAACAGAAGUAUGAAUCCGCCGGCGGAGUGGGGAAUGCAGAACCCGGCGGUCAAUAGGAUGGAGCCUUCAAACGGCGGAUCGGUGGGGAGACCGGGGCCCGAUUACAACACGUCGAUGCCAAGACCCUCUAUGAACAGCAGCAUGCCAGGGCUUCCAGCCAGAUCGAGCGGCAUUCCCGGGAGCCGGCCGGGGCUUCAGCAACAGAUGCUUCCGAUGAGACCCAAUGAAAUGGCGAUGGGCAUGGGGUCAAAUCCCUAUGGGCAGCAAGGCCCGUUGAACCCCCCUGGGUCAUGGCCAGACAGUAUGAUGUCAAUGGAUCAAGGUGGAUCUCAAAACAGGCAAAUGGGUCGUAGUGCGUUAGACGACCUGCUGUGUCCUCCGUCUACGGUGGAGGGACAGACGGACGAGAUCGCUCUCCUGGACCAGCUUCACACCCUUCUGAGUAAUACGGACGCCACGGGAUUGGAAGAAAUCGACAGGGCGUUGGGAAUCCCUGAGCUUGUCAAUCAAGGCCAAGCGAUGCCAGAGCAGCCGGAUUCGUUCCAACCUCAGGAUUCCCCGGUCAUGCUUGAUCAAAAGCCUCCGAUGUACGGGCAGCCGUACCCAGGCCAGGGCUCGGCCAUGCAGGCGGGGGGCUUUAAUAACAUGCAGGGGCAGCACCCGCCUUUCAAUUCCAUGAUGAAUCAGAUGAACCAACCCCAGGGCAAUUUCCCGCUGCAAGGUAUGCAUCAGAGAGCGAGUCUCAUGAGACCCCGGACCAACAUACCCAAACAGCUGAGGAUGCAGCUCCAGCAGAGACUCCAGGGGCAGCAGUUUUUAAACCAAAACAGGCAAGCACUUGAGAUGAAGGUGGACUCCUUAAACGCAGGUGGUGCCGGAGUGAUGAGGCCCGUCAUGCAGACGCCGGUUGGGUCGCAGGGAUUCCUUAAUGCUCAGAUGGUCGCCCAGAGGAACCGGGAGUUGCUCAGCCAUCACAUCCGACAGCAAAGAAUCGCCAUGAUGAUGCAGCAGCAGCAGCCCCAAACCUUCAGUCCACCUCCGAAUGUUACCCCGUCUGCCAGCAUGGACAACCCGUUGGCAGGUCCUCCGAUGCCUCAAACCCCUCCCCAGCAGUUCUCCUACCCACCCAACUAUGGAAUGAGCCAGCAGGCCGAUCCCACGUUUGGAAGGGUAUCCAGCCCUCCCAAUGCCAUGAUGGCGUCUCGAAUGGCACCCUCCCAGAAUCCUCACCCCCAGACCACACAAAUGUACCAGUCGCCCGAUAUGAAAGGAUGGCCGUCGGGGAACAUGGCGAGACCCAAUUCCUUCCCCCAGCAGCAGUACAGCCACCAGGCCAACCCUGCGACGUACAACAUGAUGCACAUGAACGGGGGCGGAAACCACAUGGGGCAAAUGAACAUGAACUCCAUAUCCAUGUCUGGGAUGGCCAUGGGCGCUGACCAGCAGAAAUAUUGCUGACAUCACCGCGUUGGCGCAAAGAAUAUUCUGCCGUUGAGCUAAAGAUGCACUAUAGAGGAUAAAAAAAUAAAUAAAAAAAAUACAGAUAUAUAAAUAUAUAUUUACCGGCAAGAUUCUUCUUGCGUUGGCCUUACGGUGGAGAAGAGACGUUUUACUCCAAGCCUCUGUGAAUCCGGUACCAGGACUUCAUGGAGACCCGCGGUCUGUAUCCGAAUCCCGCCGUGCGAAAGGACUUCACUUGGUGCUCAGCAGAUUAGGACGUGAAUUCCGGCAGCAAGAUUUUAAUAUGUAAGACUGUCUGACUGUGUCUCGUUUUUGCAAUUUAUUUACCAAAAUCUGUCUCUUUUACCUGUU